AUGGAAGGACAUUUAUGUUAUUUAAGAGCAACACCAGCCAAGGAACAUUAUAAUUCUAAAUUCAUUUUUUUUUUUAUUUUGAAUGUUGCGCAAGACGAAUUGUUAGAGUGUGAAAAUGGAUAUGUACCAAAUAGACAAAGCAAUUGUAAAGACUGUCAAUCACAAGAGUUAUGUAACUCUUGCUCUAAAUGUCAACACUGUAAAUCAUCUUGGUGCGGUAAAGCCACUCAUCGUCCCAAUUUUGUAGUAGCACAUACUGUGUGUCCAAAAUGUAUCGAUGAACCCUUGACCCCCGAACCUUUAUGUAAAAAAUGCGGUACACGGUGCGACGAAUGUGACAACUCUGAUUUACACGACAAUGAAGAUCCUGGACCGUGUCCUCAGAAAUGUGGAUUCAGAGAAGUCACGUUUGAAGGGGACAAUACCGCCGAAAAAUUUGGUGAAUGGGUGUUUUCCCCUCAGCACGAAUAUUUCAAAGUGUUUGCUCAUAAUAUGAAAGGUUACGACGGCUAUUUUCUUUUAGAGUAUUUAAUAGACCAAUCCUUAAGACCAGACAAGAUGAUUUACAGUGGCUCCAAAAUUAUGUAUAUGGCAAUAGAGUCAGAUUUACAUAUCAAAGUGAUUGACAGUCUCAACUUUUUACCUAUGAAAUUAUCAGCCCUCCCUAAAGCUUUUGGAUUGACUGAAUUAAAGAAAGGUUGGUUUCCCCAUUACUUUAACACUAGCGAUAAUCAAACUUAUGUAGGCCCGUACCCAGAUGCUAAGAAAUAUGGUCAUAAUUUUAUGAGUGAGAAAGAGAGAGCCGAAUUGCUAGUGUGGUUGAAUGAGAGAAAAGACGACGUGUUCAAUUUUAGAAAAGAAAUGUUAGAUUAUUGUAGGAGUGACGUACAAAUUUUAAGACAAGCGUGUUUGAAAUUUAGAGAGUUGUUAAUGAGCGCUACGGGUGAAAGAAUAGAGGUGGUAAAUGAAAAAGGAAAGAAAGAACAAAAGUGGGUGGGGGCCGUGGAUCCAUUCGAUUCCGUGACAAUAGCUUCAGUCUGUAUGAAUGUUUUUAGAACUAAAUUUUUAGAAGAAGAAUGGAAAGUUAAAUUUCAAGGUAGUGAUGAUUGGAUACCUUCAAAAUUAAUAGACGGAAAGCUUUAUGUAUUGGGCGGAAACGAAUGGAUUUUACAAACCAAACUCACGGGUGUGAAAGUCAGCGAGACAGAGUUUGUAAGGACACCAAUAGCGAAAAUUCCUCCGACUGGCUAUAAUGAUCAAUAUAGUGAAGCGUCCAUACAAUGGUUAGAAUAUAUGGCGUGUACAAAAAACGUCAAAAUACAACACGCUUUAAAUAAGGGAGAAAAAUCCCUACCCGGAACACGUUACAAAUUAGACGGUUACUGCGAGGAAACAAACACUGCAUAUGAGUUUAACGGAUGUGUGUUUCAUGCCUGUUUAGUCUGUUUCCCAGAUAACCGAGAAGAAACGCGCCAUCCACUUACCAAGCAAUCGUUUAAUGAACUGUACGCGUUAACGAUGAAAAAGAAAGCUUACAUCGAACAGCUAGGUAUGAAAUACGUUUGCAUUUGGGAACACGAAUUCAAAAAACAAAAAAGUCAAAAUCCUGAACUGAAACAAUUUGUCGAAAGUUUAGAUCUAAUUGAUAGGUUAGACCCGAGGGAAAGUUUUUUCGGGGGUCGCACCAAUGCCAGUCAACUCUAUUACAAAACGAAAGAACGGGCACAAAUCAGGUACGUGGAUUUCACGAGCUUGUAUCCGUGGGUGAAUAAGUAUUGUCAGUAUCCCGAAGGACAUCCAACCGUCAUAACCAAAGAUUUUAAAGACAUGAAGGAUUAUUUCGGUAUAGCUAAGGUUAAAAUAUUACCACCUAGGGGAUUAUACCAUCCCGUGUUACCAUAUAAGUCAAAUAAUAAGUUAAAAUUUCCGCUAUGUAGAACCUGUGCCGAUACUGAAAAUCCGCACGCAUGCGCAUGUUCAGAACAAGAAAGAGAGUUGACUGGAACGUGGUGUACUCCGGAGAUUCAAAAAGCCAUUAAAUUAGGUUAUCAAAUUAAAAAGAUAUACGAAGUAUACCACUGGGAAAAAUCGACGCAAUAUGACCCAAAAACGGGAUCAGGGGGACUGUUUGCCAAUUACAUAAACACAUUUUUAAAAUUCAAACAAGAAGCUAGCGGCUUUCCUGACUGGAUAAAUAAUGAACAAGAUAGGACAGAUUACGUGUCUCAGUACUUACAAAAAGAGGGAGUUUUAUUGUGUCGGGCAAACAUCUCGAAGAACCCGGGUUUGAGAGCUCUGGCUAAAUUAUGCCUCAACAGUUUUUGGGGCAAGUUUGGUCAGAGACUAAAUAUGCGCCAGACAGAGUUCUUUCACGAAGUACAGGCCAACCUUUUCUUUCAGUUGUUUUGCCGAUCCAACAAAAGAACCUCUAAAUUUUCACAUACUUACCAAUGA